AUGGCACUACGAAGGAUUACUCAGGAAACAUUUGAUGCUGCAGUGAGAGAAAACGUCGACGAGUUUGAGAUGGAUCCUGCUGAGGCUUUGAGGGAAGCUGUAGAGCAGUUUCAGUCUCAAGGUGUGGACCUCAGUUGUAUCGUUAAAGCUGUACCUACUGAGCCGUCUGAUGACAAACAACAGGAGCAAACACAUAAAAUAUUACAGACUUUGGAGUCCCUCCGUAUCGCAACAGAAUCUGAAGAUGUCUCCAAAACAAAAGCUGCGUCGGAUAUAAAACGUUUCACCGAGGAAUGUUUACUUGGAUUCGCUCAAAGGUACCUAGCGGCCCAGAAAGGCGCUUAUCCCAUCAUCCUCUCCUACUGUCAAAAGAGCAUGGACGAGCAGGAAGCCGUGCUUGCCGCACUGUCCGCCUUGGCUGCUUUGACCGAUGGACAGCCAGACUUGUUGGAUGCGGAGGGCAAGCGCUUCCUCUUAGAUGUUUUCGAAAAGCAUGGUGCGGAUUCUUGCGUAACGCGAGCUGCCAUCUCCACGGUGCGACACUGCUGUCUGAAACAUGAACAGAAUAGACAAGAUCUGGUCAAAGCGGGUGUCUUACCGCUGCUGACCAAUGCCAUUAAACAGCACAGCGAAUGCGCCGACGUGGUUAAGGAAGCCGCCGGCGCUCUCAGGGUCAUGACUUUUGACGACGAUAUCCGUGUUUCAUUUGGGCAAGCUCACGAGCACGCCAAGAUGAUUGUUCUUCAGCACAAUGGUCUCAAGGUCUUGAUUGAGUCUGCAAAAGCGCAUGAUGGCAAUACCUCUGUUUUGAGUGAGCUGUGCGCCACCUUAUCCCGUUUGGCUGUGAGGAACGAGUUCUGCCAAGACAUUUGCGACCUGGGUGGCUUGAAACUCAUGAUGACACUGCUAGCCGACAGUUAUGAGUCAGCGGAGUUGGUGCGGCAAGUCCUGAGCGCAAUACGAGCCGUCGCUGGAAAUGAUGAUGUGAAGGACGCUGUUGUUAAAGCGGGUGGAGUCCAACUCAUUGUAAUCGCCGUAAACAGACACAUGACAGUAUCUCCUGUGUGCGAGCAGGGUUGUGCCUGCCUAGCUGUCCUUGCUUUACGCAAACCCAAGAACUGCAAAGUCAUCAUGGAGGAAGGGGGAGUCUUAGCAGCCGUGCAGUCUAUGAAGGCUCAUUCUGGUGUUGGUAAUGUACAGAAACAGGCUUGCAUGCUGCUACGAAACCUGGUGUCACAUCAGCCCAACUACAGUCAACUGAUUCUGGAGAUGGGUGUUGAGGCCUUGAUAUUGCAAGCGUUAAGGACCCAUCAAGAUUGCGGUGAUGUUGCCAAAGCUGCCCUUAGGGAUUUAGGCUGCAAGGUGGAGUUACGAGAGCUGUGGACCGGCAAAGGUGGCGGCAUCACCAACUGA